CCUUUGUGCAACGGAGACAUUUCUAGAACAAUGGUUCUAAGUUACGGCACACUGUUGUUGCACUGAUGAAAGAUAGAUCAGCGAUGACUUAGCCGCGGGGCCGUGCAGUCGGCAUGUCGGGGACUGUGCCGUCCUCCCCCGCCCAGGCCGACCCCGGCAUGGCGGUGACCGGGUACAGCAGGGACGAACUCAACCCCUCGGACGGAGACACCGCAGAAUGGAAGGACAGGGGCUGCGCUUGGAUCGUCUGUAUUGCCGUCUUCCUCAUCAACUUCUUCAUGGUCGGCACGCACCAAUCCUACGGAGUCUUGUUUCCAGCUUUCUUAGACGAAUUCGGAGCAAGUCGAGCAAGUGCAGCUUGGGUCGGCUCUUUGGCCUACGGGCUACUUCUUCUUGGCGGCCCCUUCGCAGGCAGUAUGUGCAAGACCUACGGACCUCGCAAGGUGGCAUUGUCGGGCAGUGUUCUCUGCUUUCUCGGGCUGCUUCUGACGUCUAUCGUGGAGGCGUUUCCGGUCAUCUUCUUCACGUACGGAGUUCUGUUCGGCCUCGGGUCCAGUCUGGCCUACAGUCCGGGUAACGUGGUCAUCACGUGGUACUUCGAAAAACACCGCACCUUGGCCACGGGUAUUGCAGCCGCUGGGGGAAGCUUCGGCAACGUGGCGCUCGCACCACUGCUGCAGGCGAUGGUGGACAGUCAAGGCUGGAGGAGCGCCAUCAGAUAUUUCCUUAUUUGGCAGAUAGUUGUCGGGUUCGCCGCCCUCGCCUACCGACCUCUCCCGCCGGGAUCCCAGCCAACCCAGCUGCAGACGUUCAAGACUUCCCCCGCUAAGAACUACGUGCUGGACCUGUCUCUGUGGAGGAACGAGGUCUUCAUAGUCUGGACUGCCGCCAUCUCUCUCACCAUGUACGGCUACUACAUCCCGUAUGUCCACCUGCCGAGUUAUGCCGCCGAUUUGGGUGUGUCUGACGGGCCGGUGCUGGUGUUGAUCCUGGGUGCAGCGUCCACGUGUAGCCGCCUGCUGUUCGGUCCGGUACUGCAGCUACAGUUCCUGGUGCAGCUGAACCGCCUCCACAUCCAGACAUUCAGCAUGAUCGUCACAGCUGUGGUCACGCUGGUGUUACCCGCAUGCAGCACGUUUGGCGGGCUUGUGACCUGUGUGUUACUCCUGGGUUUGUUUGACGGCUGCUUUGUCACCCUCCUGCCCAUCCUGACUGUGGAUCUUGUGGGCGUGGAGAACAUGUCGCUAGCCUGGGGCUUCACGCUGGGGUCGUGCUCCGUGUCAUUCAUCUUGGGCCCGCCCACCGCAGGUUGGAUACGCUCUUCUGCGCAGUCGUACCACCCUGCCUUCUACGUCGCCGGUACCAUCGUGAUGUUGGGCGGCCUGUUGCUGUUUGCCAUCCCGUGGGCCAAACGUCGCAACACGCUGCGCAACAACAACACCUUACCCGUGCAGUUCUCAGGCAUAAACAUCAGCAGCGGCUCGGACACUUCGAGUUCGAGUCAGGGAACCGACGAAGGAGUCGGAACGAUACCGAAAACGUCGAGCCAAGAGUGCGCAUGCGCCAUGCCAUUGUCCGCAACAAGAUCGAUUGUAGACGCAAGUGUCCUCGAUUACGUCAUGAAGUUAGAGGAAGCCCACAUAUACGCCGAGGAGUAUUCCAAGAUGGGGAGCCAAGCUUACGAGAUGCAAACCGUUACAGCACCUGGUGAAGACCUGGCGACCUUUGAGCGGGGGGAGGAUGCCGCAUCGUCGGAUGUGCCUUAUGACGUCACAAAACAGCCGUUGGAGGCGUCCGAGGGUGUAACCAACAAGGUCGAAUUCUCUGAUACUCCAACUUCUUCCACUCACCACUCUCCUUCUGUGAGUGUGACGUCAUCUCUGUGUGCUGACGGUCGGCUGUCCCCGGCCUUUGCCACCGGCAACCCAUUCUUAGAAGAGCCUGACCAACAGCAGACAGAUGAGGCUCUUCUGUCAAUUAGCAUCGCUCCCCCUGCGCCCGCGGCGGUUUCUUUCUCCACACCUGCCACCACGGACUCGCUCAUCGACAUGUCGCCAUACACUACAACGGAUGUAUCAGGCAGUCCUACAAUAGACUGUGCGCCCACAAACACCGAGGUACCAGUGAUCAUGUUACCUGAUGCAUCCGUUGUCUUUGGAGACACAGAUCAUCGUCUGGAACCGAUUCGAAUGGUCAGAAGCGAAUGUUUGGCCAAGGAACUGCAGGUGACAGACGUCCGACCACGUAGUCGACGAUCAUCGGAGAGCAGCGCAUCGGACCUGCCCGUACAGCCGGGUCCGGCGAUCUUGCCGCCGCCACCGCGCGUUCACCGCUCGUCGGAGGGUGCUUCUAGCCUAGACAGCACUUCAGUGAUCGAUACAGACUGGGUGAUUGUGUCCAACCCACCUGAGGCGUCUACAGCCCAGCAACAACAGAGCAUCAAUGACGGGGUCCCGCACGCAACUCAGAAUGAGCAUUGACUUUGCGACCAUAAACUAUACAUCACAUGUAUAACAUGACUUUUGAGUAUGCACCGACGAAGAUGAAAAGAAAGGAAUAGUCUUAUUUUAUUCAAUGAAUAAAGUUUACAAUUCCUUC